CACUCGGUUAGCGAGUCAAGCGGCCCCCCUCCUCUCUCUCCGUCGUCCACAAGGCGCAGACAAGCAGCCCCACUCUCCUAUUUCUCUUCCACCUCGUUGAGCACACCGCGCCCGUUUUCCCAAAAAUUCCUACUUUCCUCGUCUCCACUCUCGCUGCCGCCAUUCUUAUUGAUUAUCUACCGUUCCCUCGAAGAUCCCUUUUUUUUUCGCUUAUCGAAUCACCAGUGGGGAAUUCCGCUCCAGGACUUAAAAAGGCGGAGUCUUUCUGUGCAGAGAAUACGACAAGACAACGCAAGAAUGCAGCAACCUACGCAUCCGAUGUCCCAAAUCUCGCCGGCAAACAUCACCACAGAGCAGAUUCAGAAGUAUUUGGAUGAAAACAAGCAGCUGAUUUUGGCAAUUUUGGAUAAUCAGAACUUGGGCAAACUCGCUGAAUGUGCUCAGUACCAAGCCCAGCUCCAAAAGAAUCUGCUUUAUCUUGCCGCAAUAGCUGAUGCACAGCCUCCAACUCCUUCAGUUCGUCCUCAGGUAGUUCCACACCCCGCAAUGCAGCAGGGAAGCCCUUUUAUGCAGCAAGGCCCAGCUUUCCCACCCCGGCCGCUCAUGCACUUCACUCCUCAGCAACUUCAUGGACAGCAGCGGCAACUCCAGUCGCAAUCGAUGUCUUUCCCAAGCCACCUGGGCAUCAGACCUGGGGUCAUCAACGGCAUUCCAUCCAUGCAUCUUCCACAGAAUUCUCUUGCUGCUAGUGGUGGCGAGCUCCCGCCACCCGGUUCCGCCAUGCCUGAGCUCCCACGAGGUAGCGCUCCAUCAAGUAGCUCAAUGGACGCGCAAGCGAGCAAACAAGAUGCCACUAAGGCUGAUAUUUCGACCGGCGGCUCGACCGACGGCCAAAGAAGUUCGGGCAUUGAGCAUGCAAGUGGGGAGGUUGUUGAAGCCCAAGCUUACUUGAAAAGGAAUGAAGAAUCCAAGACAUGAUAAGCUUAGUUAUGAUAAUCUUAAGAACUUGUAUAUCUUUUUAGUCUGGUUUUCUCUCAUGUUGGUUUUGGGUGCAAAUGUGGUGUGUCCUGGUUUGUACUUUGUUCCAAUGUUUGUAGACAUUGAGUUAUUCAAAUGGCGUUUGCAAGUUUCUGUAGUUGUCAGAUCUGUUUGUGGUAUACUUCUCAACUCUUUGUAACAUGGAAUUUUGUUCUGAUUUUGAUUUAUUUUGGGAUUACGAUGAA